GGCCGAGGAGGAGGUGAGCAGAACGGGGCUGGCUAAGGUGAGGAAGAUCCACGCUGUACCUGUGAGCACUGCCCAAGGGUCACCUCCAGCAGACGCCGCUGCCCCACGUCCCCAUCAGCCAAGCCCUUGGCUGAAAGCAUGGACAUCAUAGAGAAGGUCUUCUCCAUCGCCCAUGCCAUCCACAGCCAGUUUGAGCACGUCAGGUGCUGCAAGCACCAGUGCCAGCGCCUCGUGGAGCGCAUCCACAUCCUGCUGGGGCCCGUGCGGGUCCUGCAGGCUCAGCCAUCUUGGCAGAUCUCCCACCACGAAGAGCAAAUGCUGACCAAGCUGCUCCAGGUGCUGGGGGAAGCCCAGAAGCUGGUGAUAAAAUACAGCCAGACCAGCUGGAUCCAAAAGUUCCUGAGUGCCCGCAGCAGCGGAGAGGAGUUUGUUUGGGUGAACAGGAGCCUGGAGGACAUCGCCCAAGGGCUCUCGCUGCUGCUACAAGCAGAGCAGAAGCAGGCGUUGCUGGAGGCCUUCCAGACAAAGAUCUGUCGCAGGCAAGAUGCUGAGGAUCUGAGGGAUGACAAGGCUUUCCUGGACCAGGUUAUUGCAAGUACCAAAGAGCCUGAAGAUGAGGCCUGGGAGAUGCACAUGGGCAGUCAGUGCAUGGAGAGCAAGGUGGACUGGAUGCAAGGCGAGCUGAACAAAAUCGUGCGUGUGAUGGACAGCUUGAAGAAGGUCAAUGUUGGCAAAAGGGAAGCCAUCACUGAGAUCGAGCGGGACCAGCUCACCUUCCGCAGGCACCUGCAGGACACUGAGCGCUACGACCUCUAUGAGGGAGAGUAUCUCAAGUACCCAGUCGCCAUCAAAACCUUCAAGAGGCCGCUGACCACCGACACAGUGAAGGUGAGAGACAUCUUUGAGAAGGAGAUUCAGACCCUGAAGAAGUUUGAGUCUCCAAACAUUCUGCGCAUGUAUGGGAUCUGCAUUGAGGAGAAAGAUGGGAUCCCCUGCUUCUCCAUCGUCAUGGAGUACUGCAAGCACGGCACGCUGCGGGAGGUGCUGACCAAGCAACAGCAUCUCUCCUGGGAAGUCCGCAUUCGGAUGGCCCUGGGAGCUGCCAGGGGCCUUUACAGGUUGCACCAGACGGAGGAGAAGUCCCGACUGCACGGCUGCAUCUGCAGCAGCAAGUUCCUGGUGGCUGGGGAUUACUGUGUGAAGCUGUCAGGAUUCGAGCUGUGUGAAACAGAGUCUUCCAUCAAGAGAAAAGUCAAUAAGAAGAACUUGAACCAAGUCUGUAUGUUGGCUUACAUUGCCCCCGAGAACCUGAUGGAUGUCUAUUGCCCCUACAAGAGGUCCUGUGAGAUAUACAGCUUCGGGGUCGUGCUGUGGGAGAUUGCAACCUCCAAAAUCCCAUUUGAAGGCUGCUCUCUCCAGGAGAUCAGAGACAAAAUCUGUGACCACCAGUACCAGGAGCCAGUGGGAGAAGAUUGUCCAGAAGAGCUGGAGAAAGUCAUCAACCAGUGUCGGGCCUUCGAUCCAUUCCAGCGCCCAUCUGCUGAGCAGAUCGUGGACUUGUUGGCUGACCUGGAGAAAAGGAGGAGCCAGGGCAGCUAGCUGCGGAGAGCCCCAGCAGGCUGCCCAGACUGGCCUCCCUGCCUACCAUCCCUGCGACUGCAAUCA